CACCACACAUCCCCUCCUACCCUCCUCUCUCUCUCUCUCUCCACCUAACUACUCUCCUCCUCCUCCUCCCACCACCAUCAUCGCUCACUCACUCAGCCAUCACCAAUCCUCACGAAUCCUCCAAGCCACACGCUGCUCCCCCAGUGUGGUGCAAGGGACGGAGGAGGAGGAGGAGGAUAAGAAAACAAGCCAGUAGGAGCAGGAGAAGAGGAGCAGGAGGAUAAGAAGAGGAGGAUAAGGAGGAGGAGGAUAAGGAGGAUAAGAAGAAGAGGAGGAGGAGGAGGAGUUCCCGACAGUGGCUGGAAACAUCCGGGGGCUGACUUGCCUGGGCUUCUGAGCAAGAAAGCCAACUUCGCAAAGGAGGGAUUAGUGAAUAAAUAUUACUACUAACAACAAUAAGAUAGCAAAUACUUUACGUGUAUCGCCAGGGAGCAUUAAUUAAUAUUUUUUAAAAACGCAUUAGCGAAGAGGAUCCAGCAAUGCCGGACCACAUCAGCGUCCCCGACUUCGUGAGCGAGACUCUGGAGGACUACAGCUCGCCCACCACGUCCACCUUCACCACCAAGAUGAACAUGUGCCGGUCGUCAGUCAGUGCCGUGGAGGAGUACCUGGAUUUAGACCGGGCCGCGCUGCAAAAAAUGAAGAAGUCGAUUAAAGCCAUCCAAACGUCCGGGCAAUCCCACGUGGAGAACGAGGAGGCGUACACGCUGUCGCUGGACAAGGUGGGCACCAACCUGAUGAGCCGGGACGACCCGAACCUGGGGGCGGCCUUCCUCAAGUUCUCCGUGUUCACCAAGGAGCUCACCUCUCUGCUCAAGAAUCUGGUGCAGAACAUGAGCAACAUCGUCGUCUUCCCCCUCGACUGCCUACUCAAGGGGGACCUCAAGGGCGCCAAAGGGGACCUCAAGAAGCCAUUCGACAAAGCGUGGAAGGACUAUGAGACAAAGUUCCUCAAGAUCGAGAAGGAGAAGAAGGAGCACGCGAGGCAGCACGGCAUGAUCCGCACCGAGAUCACGGGCGCCGAGAUCGCCGAGGACAUGGAGAAGGAGCGCCGCGUCUUCCAGCUGCAGAUGUGCGAGUACCUCAUCAAGGUGAACGAGAUCAAGACCAAGAAGGGAGUGGAUCUGCUGCAGCAUCUCAUCAAGUUCUACCACGCGCAGUGCAAUUUCUUUCAGGACGGCCUCAAAGCCGUCGAGUCCCUCAAGUCGUACGUGGAGAAACUCGCCAACGACCUCUACUCGAUCAAGCAGAGUCAGGACGAGGAGCGCAAGCAGCUGUGCUCGCUGCGGGACACGCUCAAGACCUGCCUGCAGGUGGAGCAGAAAGAGGAUUCGCAGGGGAGGCAGAGCGGUGCCGGCUACAGCCUGCACCAGCUGCAGGGCAACAAGGAGCACGGCAGCGAACGCACCGGCUACCUCUUCAAGAAGAGCGAGGGAAUUCGCAAGGUCUGGCAGAAGAGGUCGUGCGCGGUGAAGAACGGGUACCUGACGAUCUCGCACGGCACGGUGAACCAACCGCCUGCUAAGCUGAACCUGCUGACGUGCCAGGUAAAGCCGUACCCCGACGACAAGAAGAGCUUCGACCUCAUCUCACACAACCGGACGUAUCACUUUCAAGCCGAGGACGACCAGGACUGCCUCAUGUGGAUCUCGGUGCUGACGAACAGCAAGGAGGAGGCGCUGAACAUGGCGUUCAGCGGCGAGGCGGGCAGCGACGAGUGCGACAGUGCCACGGACCUCACCAAGGACAUCAUCGCCGACAUCCUGCGCACGCCCGGCAACAACAGCUGCUGCGACUGCGAUGCACCGGAUCCGUCGUGGCUCUCCACCAACUUGGGCAUCCUGACGUGCAUCGAGUGCUCGGGGAUCCACCGCGAGAUGGGCGUCCACGUCUCACGCAUCCAGUCGCUAACGCUCGACGUCCUGGGAACCUCCGAGCUGCUGAUCGCGCGCAACGUGGGGAACUCGGGGUUCAACGAUGUGAUGGAGGCUCAGCUGCCGGACGCGUCCAGCUCCAAGCCGACCCCGAACAGCGACAUGGUGGCGCGCAAGGAGUACAUCGUGGCCAAGUACGUGGAGCGGCGGUUCGCCCGCAAGUCGGGCAGCACGUCGGCCGCCAAGCUCAACAACCUGUACAACGCAGUGACGUCGCGCGACGUGCUGGCGCUCGUCGCCGUGCACGCCGAGGGGGUGGACCUCACCGAGGCACUGCCACCGUACCCGGGCCAGGAGGUUGGGGAGACGGCGCUGCACUUGGCCGUCAGGAAGAUGGAUCGCUGCUCCCUGCACAUCGUGGACUUUCUCAUUCAGAACAGCGGGAACCUGAACAAGCAGACGGUGAAGGGGAACACGGCGCUGCACUACUGCUGCGUGUACAACCACACCGAGUGCCUCAAGCUCCUGCUCCGCAGCAAGGCGGCCACGGAUAUCGCAAACGAGAGUGGAGAAACAGCGAUGGAUAUCGCCAAGAGGACCAGACAGUCGCAGUGCGAGGAGCUGCUGAUGCAGGCUCUCAUGGGGAAGUUUAACCCGCACAUCCACGUGGAGUACGAGUGGCGUCUGGGCGAGAACUUUUUGGACGAGAGCGAUGACGAGCUGGAUGACAAGCCCAGCCCGGCGAAGCGCGAGGGCUCGGUGCGCCCCGUCACCGUGUACGGGAGCAGCUCCACCACGCAGGGCGGGGUGCCGCCAGCGCCAGGCGCCGUGCAGCUCCCCAUGCCGGGGCCAGGCCCCACGCGCCUACGCCCCAGCAGCUCCACGUUUGACAAGCGCAGCACGGGCGGGGGCGGCGGUGGCGGCGGUGGCGGCGGUGGCGGCGCGAGCGGGCUGGGGGGAGCCGGGGCAGCCUUCCAGGUGGACAACGAGACGUACGGCACCGUGGUGGACGGGGGCAGCGCGCCGACGUCGCCGCCGGGCACCGUGCUGGGCGCACCGCCGCUCCCUCCCAGGAACAAGGGCACCAUUCCGCAGGCGCCGCUGAUGCCGCCCGGCCUGCCCGGCUCGCUCGACUUGUCCAAGAAGAAACCUCCGCCGCCCCCCCCCGGCGCACCGCUGGGCCCGCCGCCGGCGCCGCCGCAGCCCCCCGGCGGAUUUCCCUCGGGCCACAAGCGCGCCAUCUCGGACCCCGUGAGCCCGCUGCCGCCGGCACCGCCCGUGCGCGGCACGUCCGUCAUAAGGCACGAUCUCUCCCAGCAGCCACCUCCCCCCGUGGCCAAGACUCCCAGCGUCAUCGAGGCAAUGGUCCAGCAGGGCAGCACGGAGAACGCCGCGACCAAGGCAAGUCGGGGUCCGCAAGGGCUGCCCAGCAAACCGCUCGCGUACGUGAAGUUACACAAGGAGAACCCUCCUCUACCUGACGCUUCCAACUCGCUCCCUGACGUGCCGCUCCCGGCUCCUCGCAAACACAUCCCGCCAAAGCCGCGUGUGCGACGCGUCAAGGCCGUCUACGACUGCAUCGCCGACCACGGGGACGAGCUGAGCUUCCACGAGGGUGAGGUCAUCGUGGUGACGGGCGAGGAGGACCAGGAGUGGUGGAAGGGACACGUGGAGGGACACCCGGAGAGGCAGGGCGUGUUUCCCGUCUCCUUCGUGCACGUCCUAGUCGAGUGAGGUGGUGUCGCCUCGCAGCAGGGGGGAGAGCAGAGGCUCGCCAAGGGAGACGCGCUUCUCCGUACAAAUCUGUACAAAUCUGCACUGGACGAUGGGACACCACAGGGAUCGGUGGGGUUUUGCUUCCGUGGUGCAAGACGAUUGAACUCCAUACGGCUGCCUCAUUCUUCAUGCAAGACGUGUCGACAAACGAAGAUUCACGCACCAUGAGUGCCCAAAUUAGCGGCAUUCACAUGAAGAAACACUCCUGUUGCAAAUAUUGUUAUCAUGGGAAAAAGAGACCCUUGGGAUUGGAAUAAACUCGGUAUAUGUAAUAUGUAAUGCAAUUAUUGUAAGUAAUAGAGAUAUCUCCAAAUCGGUUUGGAGAAACGUUUUGUUUAUAUUCGUUCCUUUAUUGUAUGCCGUUGGGAGUUCCACGGACGUAACACUGUAGAACAUUGACACACGCAGCGUAACUCUCUUAAGUGGCCGCUGAAAGCGCCGCUGGCAGCAGCGGCCGGCGACCAAACGGUGAGCAGCCCUCGCGACUGUUCUCGUCAGCUUCGUCCAGAGGCUUUGCAGGGAAUUGUGUGUAGGUCCCACUCGCGACCCGCACGCACGCGCGCCGGUGUGCGUGUGUCACGACGAUUGUGCGGCAAGAGGAUCCGGAACCUCGGCGGGGGGGACGGGGAGGUGGGUAGGAAGCAGAAGCUCCGAGCAAGUGGUGCGGCAGAUCCAUCGUGGCGGUGCAUUCAUCGUAAGGCUCCAGCUGAGCGAAGUGAACGGCCACCCGCGUGGGGAACGGAGCCUUAAGGGGGGCGUGUUAGUUUAUAUCUACUGUAAAUUGCCACAAGUAUUUAACGCUUGCACUACUACUGCAUGUUUCUUAACAACAACAACAAAAAUUACAACAAUAAGAAUGACAACGUUGGAACAAGUUGCCUUAUAAACACACCCAUUGAGAAGACUUGCAGCAGUUGCUGAAAAUAUUACCAAAAGUGGGGAUUUUUUGCUUUUUGUUUCAAGGGAAAUAAUAAUGUUACAGUAUAUUUUAAUUCUAUUGGUAAGCUGCUCAACCCACGUACUCUAUAAUACACCGUGGGAAGACGUGGCUAUUUCGGUGGCUUGAAACUUGGCUCCAGGAGACUUGAUUUUAUGAUUUAAGCAAUGACACGGAGUCCAGUGAUGGAACUUUAUAUUGGAGAUGCCACAUGUGACAAUGAUGAACGUGGUUUCUUCCCCUCACCCCCACCCUCAAGUGUUAUGCCGAUUAUGUAAUCGGCAUCAUGUCAUGAGACAAAAUUUCCGUUCUGAUCUAUUGCAGAGCAGUGCAAUCCUUCCUGUUAGAGAACAGCCCGUGGAAGUGGAUAUUACAGAGCUACCUCUGACAUCCCUUCAUCAUGUGACCUCUGGUCCACACGGAGUGACAGUAAUACGUGUCACAUUUAAACCAAUAUUUUGCAUCUCAGAGUUGGAAUUUAGCCAAGUUUAGUGCAUAAAAAUUGUUUAUGCGAUUGUCUUUUGUGAGCGGUCGUUGGUGACCCGGCUGAAACCAUCAACUCGGUACCCUUGAAAACCCAGUUUAAUGACAGGCGACAGAAACCGAGAUAUCGAACCCAGGAACUCAGCACUCUGACCUCUGAGCCACCUGCAGGCCACCGUGAAACCUGAUCUCUAAACAUCCUGAGUUUUAAGCCAGAGUGGCUUCAUGUGUCCUGGCAGCAGACCUGGCUGCAAACACUGUUAUGUGUGUUUAACCCGCAUGGUAUUCACGAUUAGCUUAUACACAGAGUGACGUCUGCCCGAGGUUGACUACACUGGAGUUCAGUGGUGACGCUAGGCAUGAGCAAAAUAAUAAUAAAGCUUAGGGGCCUCAAUUUGAUAAAGCAGUCCCCCACAUAACAGAAAGAAUCGGGGUGCAGCAAAUACUAUCCUGAACACAGAUCCUUAUAAAAUGUGUAAUUAUAUUAACACAAUUGUCAUGGUAAUUCGCUAAAUUAUUUCACGUAACUGGGCAUGUAUAGUGAUGUAGCCCGUUCAUCGUGUAAUGAUUGUGGUCAGGUGACGCAUUCAAUGUAAUUAAUGCUUAGGGGGGCACCAACCGCCCAGAGCUGGUUGAAUAUCCCUCGCUUGACAUUUGUUCAUGAGAUGAUUUGUCCAAAGCUGUGUGGACUUCAGUGAGACCCCCCCCCGAAUGCUGGCUCAAGACGUUUGAAUACUGGGAACCACGUGCUCUGUUGGCCAUCACGAUCCCAACAGCAGUUGUCCAACGCAGCCCCACACACAGUACUAGCCAUCAUGGACCAAGCAUUGACCAACAGCACCGACCAAUAUUACUCCAAUGAGGGCCAAAGAUAACUUUUAUUUUUUAACCACAUUAAUCUUGCAUGUACACUUUACUAAUUAUUGUAUAUUUAAAUAACAUGUAGAAACAAACCAGUUUGUGAAAUAAAAUGUGUUUCACUUCAUAAAGCUGCCCUCUCAAAGUAAGGAAAUGGAUGGGGUUGGCCAGAAAACUCUUUGGCAAAUAGAUAUCACCUGCCACUUUCGACCAUAGGCUUAAGUAAAAUAAACAUUACAGUAGGGAGGUUUAUCAUUGAACAUAAACAAGGUUAAGUCGUACGAUUGCAUGCCAGAUGCCUUGCUCUUCUUUUCGAACUGUACACAUCAGAUUAGUGCAAUUUUGGGUGUCAUUCAGGGGCCUGCCAUUAAGCUGAUAUCCAACGGUGCUUUUUUUUACUCGAUUAGAAACCCUCGCUGGGAUCUGCACUUAAUCAGGUAUUGCAUCAUCUUCAUAAUAAAGGUUUUUAGGUUAGAUUGCGUAAGUAUAAAUGUGUCGUAAUCCACCACCCGACACAGCGAGUAAGGUUUGUCACGUAAACAACGUGCCAGUUAGUUUACUACUUCAGCCCAGCGGUGUGUUGGAGAGUAAAUCCACAACAUUUACAAUUUGAAUACGAAGUUUCGCUGGCAUCAUCGGGCGAUUUGCCAGCCCGAUGAUGCUGAAGGUUUGUUUAUGUGACAAACCUUACUGUGUCGGGUAGUGGAGGGUUACAACACAUUUACACAAUCGAACCCAAAAACCUUUAUUAUGAAUAUUGGUCGCGAAAGCCUACGUGUUGAAUUGAAUAAUCUUGAUUGCAAAGGACAGUUGCGUUUCAUCUUGUUUGUUAUUAAGGCGAAAACAACAUUUUCUGCCACGUUCCAAAAAUAUAAAAGGUUUAACUACGAGUAAUAAAUAAACGAAAUCACGUGACGUGUUUUUCACGUAAGAAAAAAAAGUACCAUUGGGACAUUUUCCCUGGUGGAGUCGGACAGUUACGUUGAGGGAGGGGGGGGAACACAAAUUGGCUUAAAAAAAGUAAGAUAGCGUGCGCCAAUUUUUGAAAGGUCUGUUAUGGGAAACGCAACGCGUUUUUACAUGUUAUAAACUAAACGUGUCGCUCUGUUGUGUUUUAAAGCCAUUUGCUCAAGCGUGGAGCCUGCUGAAAUUCAAGUAUUUGCUUUAAAAAUGGGGAAAAUUACGAUAAAAAAAUCCAUAAUCAGCAUAUAAGUAAUGUCCAUAAACAUAAGGAAAGCACCCAUUAACACUCAGUUGGCAAUAUAAUUGUGUUUUUUUUGUUAUCGGUGAGAUGUUGCAUAGUUUUUUUGUUUAUUUUUAUGGCGGACAGUUACACAGUAUAAUCUGGGAAAUGUAAUCCAAGCGUUUGGAAGUUCAAGAAAAGCGUUCGGCUCGGUGUUUGGUGUGCGUUGCGGAGGGGCCUGGCUUAACUCGAUAUUACAAACAAGGGGUCAUGCCUUGCGUGCAUAACUGCAAAGUAAUGAGUGGAUUUGACGUUUAUACUAUUAAAUGCCUAUUGGAAUGUG